AUGAGUGCUGGCCGGCUGGCGGCUGUGCUAACCACUCCACUAUUAUUUCUUAGUUUGCUUAAAACUUUUCAACUGGCAAAAGCGCAGGACACUUUGAUCGAAGUGAAUUUCGAUGAGGGUCGACCGGCUCGUUCUUCUGUCUACUUGUUCGACUCUUCUAGUGGCGAUGUAUUCUCGCUGUACCAAGCAGAUCCGACAGUGCCGCUGCUAUUUCAAAUAUCUGAGGUUGGACACGUAACAUCGAAUCAAGAAAUCGAGUACGAAAUAGGAAAAACAAAUAAAUACGACUUGACAGUGUUACAAAGACCUCGAGGAGAAACUCUCGGCGGAAUUGCCAUAACUCUUCGGAUUACCAUUCUUGAUGUGAAUAAUUUCCAUCCUGUAUUCCAACUCUCACAAGGGGAACAUUACGAGGGCUUCGUGAAAGAGGGUACUGCAGAGAAUACAAUUGUGGAAGGGCUAGAACAGUGCCAUGCAACAGAUCGAGAUACAUCGGGGAUACGAGGUUAUUCCAUCAUUAGCGGGAACGAGAAAGGCUACUUCAAAGUCGAUACCGUACAGAUCGGCAGCGGGGUAACGAGCCGUAAGUUCUUAGUGUUGAAGACUACGGGUAAACCGAUUGUUCGUGAUGAUAAUAAUCCUUAUAUUAUGCUGACGGUACAAGUCACGGACGGGGGGAACCCCUCGCACUCGGGAACUGCGAACAUUCGCGUGAAUGUUGAAGACGCGAACGACCAGACGCCGGUGUUCGAGAGCUCACAAUACCGUGAAACAAUAGCCGAGAAUACUCCCAUUCAGACCUCUGUGCUACGCGUACGGGCUACAGACAAAGACGACGGCACGAACGGCGGGAUCUACUAUUACAUGAAGAAUCCUGUGAAUAGCUAUUUCACCAUUGAUGCUAUUACAGGAGUGAUUAGGGUCGCUAAAACGCUCGACUAUAACGCCAGGGAUAAACACACGCUGUACAUUUCCGCACGGGACCGGGGGGACCCUCCUAGGACGAGUGCUGAAGCCACCGUAGAAAUUUCACUGAGAGAGAAUAUUCAGGGAUGGCCGCUACCUGAUAGCGCAGACCCGAAGGAAAAUACGAAACCAUAUUUCCCCCAGUCCAGGUAUACAUUUAGUAUUCGCGAGGAUUUUCCGCCUAAAGGUGCACUACUGGUGAUGCGCGCGGCGGAUAAUGACCCGAUUGGACCAAAUAAGAGAUUACGGUACUCUUUGUCUGGAAAUGGUGUCUCUAAAUUUGCGAUCGAUCCUGAGAGUGGUGUGGUAACACUGACGGAUUCUGUGGACUAUGAAAACACCCCAAAUAACCACGUGUACGAUCUCACAGUCACCGCUACCGAUCAGGGCCCAGGGUCUCUUAGCGCCACUACACAAUUACUCAUCGAAAUCCAAGACGUCGACGAGAAUAAAAACUCCCCAAGGUUUGACCCCCAGCAAGCAAUCCUGGAAAUUAGUGAAAAUCUUAAACAGAACUCGCUAGUGACUACAGUAAGCGCUACGGACUCAGACAGUGUCGGGAACCCGUCGAGCCCUGAUGGGAAAGUGGUCUACUCGAUUGUAGGGGGAACUGGGCUUGGCGUCUUUCGCGUGGAUUCAAAUACAGGGGAGGUGAAAGUCGCUGUACCUUCUCUAGACAGAGAAGGUACAUCCCAAUACACUCUAGUUGUGAAAGCGAGCGAUAACGCUACAUUCCCACGAUCGUCGCGCCUUUUUCUCAUGAUAAAUCUAUUGGACGAGGAUGACAAUUUCCCGUACUUCAGCCAGCCUAUCUAUAUAGCCCAAGUCCCGGAGAACCAGCCGUCUGGGACCUUCGUCACAGUGGUGGUUGGCAGGGAUGCGGACGAGGGAUUCAACCCAAGCUACACGGUGAUCACUCCAGGGGUUCCGUACAAAAUCGAGCCGUCAACGGGCGUAAUCCGGACGUCCAAAUCUUUGGACCAAUCAGAGUUGAGCACAAGGGAGCUGCAGGUGAUUGUUCGCGUUAGUACUGCCGGGUCCAAAACAGCGGACGGACAAGUAAAUAUAACAGUAAUAAGCAAGGUCAACCGUCCACCCGUGUUCAAGAAUACACCAUAUUCUGUGAAAGUCCCCGAGGAAAUGGGGCCUCUGCCCAACUUAUUCUGCAUCGCUGCUGUUGACAGCCUCUCGAGGCCGGUCCAGUACACCCUAGCGCCGGGAGCAGAUGGUCUAUUCGAGGUCGAUAAGGACUCCGGUCGACUGCAUACCAAAAACUCCUUCAAUUACGAGAACGUCGAUCGCUACAAUCUCCGGAUCGAGGCUCGCACCAGCUCCGUCCAGGAAGUGGCGUCCGCCUCGCUCACCGUCGAGGUCACAGAAGAAAAAGACCUGCCAAAAUUCUCUUCCGACUCGUACCAGCUAACUGUGGAUGAGAGCGCUGCACCGGGGACUACCCUGGCUCCAGGGCUCCUCAUCAUCGACUCUGACACCUCCAGUGAUCAAUUCGACUGUUCUAUGGAGGCUAUCACCUCUCUCCACACCCUAUACAACUUUGAAGUCACCCAACAAUCAGGGCGUUGUUUUCUACGCGUUCAAGCAGGGGGAAAGCUAGACGCUCAUUUAGCAUCCAAGUACACGUUCAACGUUCGCGCGACUGACAGGAAUUUCAGAAACAUGUUUGCGACAGCCCAGGUGGAGGUCAACGUGAUUGACGUGAAUGACCAUAAGCCGGAGUUCUUGCAGGAGUCGUAUUGGCUUUCGGUACCCAGUAGUACCCCCGCGGGGAGUAGUUUGGUGACGGUUCAGGCCGAGGAUAUGGAUAUUGGAACCAAUGCGCAGGUUCGGUAUGAGCUGCUGAGGCAGGAAAACUCAGAAAGGUUUAUCUUGAAUGACAACAACCAGCUGUCCACAGCGUCCACGCUGACUCCGAACGUCCGUUACCAGCUGCUUAUACGCGCCUCCGACUCAGCUACAAGGAACCCCUCCUCAGCCCAGGUCCCCGUCUACGUCUCCGUGUACAGCCCAAGUGAGUCUCCGAUCGUCUUCGACAAGUCUUCGUACAAUCAAAACCUUCCCGAAGAUUCUUCUGCUAAUACACUUGUAUUCACGGCUAAGGCCACGAGAUCCGGCAGCAGUAGCGGGAUCACGUACGAACUCGUCGGUGGUUACAAGCAGAUCGGCGAGGCCAUGUUUAGUAUCAAGCCGGACACUGGCCAGGUCUACCUAAUAAAAAAACUCGACUUCGAGACCAAGUCAUACUUUCCGAUUGCUGUCCGAGCCAAGUAUUCGGGAGGCGCCAUCGAGCUCGCCUCCGAAGUAGUAGCCAAAGUCACAAUCGUCGACGUCAAUGAUAACGGCCCGAGGUUUGCAUUCCAUGAGAGCAGCAAGACUGUAGUGAUUGACAGCUUUUCUGCCAAGGACACACAAUUGGUCCAGGCACGAGCGCUUGACGCUGAUUCUGGUAGCUUGGGCGAAGUGACGUACGGGAUCGACGGUGGCAGAAGUACAAGUAACUUGCCUUUUAAUAUCAACGUAAAGACGGGAAUGAUUUUCGCCACCAGGGAGAUACUGUACACACAAGGGUCAUCGUACAUAAUAAUCGUCGUGGCAACAGAUGGUGCCACGGAUGGUAGCCAGAAAAUCCAGAAAUACACCGUCAAUGUCCAGGUACUGGACACUCCCCGUCCGCCCAGUUUCCCCCAAAAGACAUAUUCCGCACCCGUGACUGAGACUGCGGGAGUUGGGGACACCGUGACCACCGUCAGGGCAGUGUACAGCAAGCCUAACGCCUUCCUCAAGUACACCUUCGUGAGUGGGAAUGAGGACAACACCUUCUGUGUCAACGGGUUUGGCAUCAUAUCUGUUGCCAAGUCACUGGACCGAGAAAAGGUCGCUGGGUACACGCUGGGCAUGCGGGUGACCUUGGGUCAGCACGUGGACGACACUACGGUGUACGUGAACCUCACUGAUAUCAAUGACGACGCUCCACACUUCACAUCCGCUAUCUACAGGCGCUCCAUCAAGGAAGGACUUGCUGAAGACACAGAGAUACUGCCUCCUGUGAUUGCUGUCGACCAUGACUUUGGCAGCAACGGAAAAAUUUUGUACUCAAUCCUUUCCGGGGUCCAUCCGGACUGGAACAAGUAUUUCAAUAUUGAUUCUGCGACUGGUAAAAUCACGACUAAGAUGACACUGGACUAUGAAACGCACAAGUCGCACACGCUGUUUAUACGAGCCGAGGAUAAUGGCAGUCCCAAGAGGCUCAGCGGAAUUGCUCAAGUCGACAUAGACGUGAUUGACAGGAAUGACAACUCCCCCGUGUUCGCUGCCGCGUUCUACCGCGCAAAGAUCUCCCUCGGUGCGGUCAAGGGGACGAGUGUGCUACAAGUGCAUGCUACUGAUCUGGACAGCGGACAGAACGGUCAAAUAACGUACUCAAUCAUCCAAGGCAACGAGGAGGAAGCCUUCACCAUCAACGAACAGGGUGUCAUACUCGUGGACAAGUCGCUAACAACGGUUGCUGCGGAUAAGUUCUCGCUGAAGGUGGAGGCCCGCGACAAGAACGCAUCUCCCCGCAGCGGUAGCGUUACUGUUGAGAUCAACGUCUACCUUCCCGACGGUCCACCCAUGUUCGUGGUUUCCCCGGUUACGGUGUACGUUAAAGAGGGCGUCCCAGCCAAUCAUCGCGUCGCUGGUGUCAAGGCUGCCACGUCAGAGGCCCUGACGUACACUCUCUUGUCUGGAAACGAGGCCGGCAUGUUUAGGAUCAACCCAUCUACCGGUUCCCUGGAUGCGACCCGCGAACUCGACUACGAGGAACGCAGGCGCUACGAACUGAAAAUCGAAGCACGUGACACUCGCGACCGCAGCGCAAUGGUUGAGCUUAUCAUCAUUGUCGUCAACAUCAACGACAACAAGCCCACCUUUGUCGACAUCGUCGACGGACAAAUAGAUCGGAAAGCCAUCGGGACGUGCUCGCCGACCGACAUUGCUGAAGGAGAAGUCAUCACUCGGCUCGGGGCGUUCGACCGAGAUGGCGACGAGAUAACUUUUAUAGUCCCGGAUGAGGUAAAAGACCUCUUCAAAAUCGACUCCCGUGGUGUCGUUACUGCCAAGAAGCCUAUCGAAGACUUACCGAAAAUUUACCCGUUUAACGUCAAAGCUCUCGAUAACGGCGAACCGCCACAGGAAACGGACGUCAAAGUAAGACUUGUUUUUGUUCAUUACCGCCCGGACCAGAAGCACGUUCGGGUAAAUGUCCGGGAAGACACGCCUACCGGGAGUGUUAUCGCCACUGUCCGGAGGUACUUCCCUAACGGCAUCGUCUCAUUGUUGCUGCCAGAAAAAGCGAAUUUCAGCGUAAGGGCCAAUGGUGACGUCAUCUUGUUAACACCGCUGGACUACGAGAGCCAGCAGUUUCACCGGAUGACCGUUCGAGAGGAGCUUGGUAACCAGACAAAUGAUGUUGAUGUGGAGGUUGUUGUUUUAGAUGUGAACGACAACAGGCCGAUCUGGAUGGAGCGAGAGAGACUGGCGCGAGUAAAUACUAACAGCCGCGCCGGCGCACAGGUAUACCAACUCGAGGCAAGAGACGAGGAUGACGGUUCCAGUGGCCUUGUGGGAUACCAGUUGAAAUCUCCCUCGAAUGAUGCGAAACGCAAGCGCCGCUCACCUCCACAACAUCCUUUCACCAUUAACCCCAAGACGCGCCAAAUGGAGGUGGCGGGCUCACUGAAAGAUCAACGCUACGAUUUGGACGUUUUCGCAUUUGAUUACGGGAUUCCGCGUUUAACCAGUGACACUAUUACGCUCAACGUGGAUGGCUCUGCGGCAGGGCAACUCCCGCCCAGGUUCUCAAAGGUCAGCUAUCACUUCAUGGUAUCCGAAGACGCGAAGUAUCUCUCGCUUGUUGGGAUAAUACUUGCUCGCAGCAUCUCUGGAGCCCGAUUGGACUACAAGAUCGUCAGUGGUAAUGUCGGAGACAAGUUUAUCGCAAUGGGUGAUGGACGAAUCUUGCUGAAUUCCUUGCUCGACUUUGAGCGCGACCAGACGCAGUAUAAUCUUAAAGUGAAAGCGACCGAGCAAAUACCUGAUGGUUUGGACUCUACAGUAGACGUCAAAAUCGAUGUCAUCAACGCCAAUGAUCACUUCCCGUACUUUGAUCAGCAACUUUACUCGGUCCAAAUACCGGAGAGUACUGCAGUAGGAGUCCUCGUGCAAGAGGUGACCGCUAAAGACUGCGACUGCCUCUCUAGCUGUACCUGUUCUCCAGGUUUCCUUACCUAUUCCAUUGAACCCAGUAAAGAGCAAGGAGGAAAGUUCUACAUUGAUCCGGCAACGGGUAAGAUUUCAGUCAGCGUGGCGUUAGACUACGAGGAUCAACGAUACCACUUACUAAAAGUCUACGCAACGGAUAAGGGAAAGAAGUCCUUCCAAGGACUGUGCUUUGUCAAUGUUACCCUGACUAAUGUAAAUGACAACCGCCCUACCUUUCUAAAGAGCGCCUAUGAGUUCCGCGUAGCCGAGGGCGCCGCAACCGGCGAAUCCCUCGCGAUCGUGGUAGCAGUGGACGCAGAUGGAGACGCGGUGACCUAUUCAAAGGCAGGUGGUGCUUUACAAUUCUCUGUGGAUCAAUCAACCGGCGUGAUCACACUGAACAGUGCUCUGGACCCGAACAAGAACCAGUAUACCUUGCAGGUGAUGGCCAAAGACUCUGGAGGACUCACAAGUACCGUAUCCGUCACUUUCAACGUCGCAGAUGCUAACAACAACGUACCACAAUUCACCAACUGCGGGACAGUCAGCAUCCGCGAGAAUGACCCGCGGGACACUAAAAUCACGCAACUGACGGCUACGGACGCGGACAGAGGGCAGAACGGACAGAUAACUUACUCCAUUGAGGACGCCAGCUCACAGACUCUCUUCUCCAUCGAGCCCCGUACUGGUGUUGUCCGCAGCCUCACCAGCCUCGACAGAGAAAACAAGGACAGUUAUAAUGCAAUUAUCAAGGCAGAGGACGGGUCUUCGAAGCAAGAUGAAUCUGAGAGAUUACUUUGGUAUUGCUACUUGACCAUUAAUGUAGAAGACGUGAACGAUAACAGGCCGUAUUUCCUCGCCGCUAAGUACUUCGGGAGCGUGUUUUCCAGUGCGCCUAACGGGUCCAAUAUUCUUACGGUCCAAGCUACUGAUGCAGAUAGUGGCUCUAACGCUAAGAUCAAGUACGCAUUAUUAGACUCUGCUGGGGGGCUCUUCCGGUUGGAUUCGUCGGGGAUACUCAGAACCAAUACUAAUCCCGCCCGGCUACAAUUGGAAACUGGGAAGAAGCUACUUUUGGAGGUGUCUGCUAAGGAUGUUGAGUCUAUCGCUGGGACGCAACCCGGUAAACCCACAAAGUACACCACCCAGAUCGAGAUACUCGUGUCGAAUGAGGAACCACCAAAAUUUUCUCAACAGGUUUAUACAGCGAGUAUCAACGAAAAUAUGGAGACUGGAUCUACGGUCACACGCAUCACCGCCACUUCUAGCACGGGCGCAGAGAUCAGCUACGAGAACGUUGACACGAAUCCUCGCGCGAAAAUUCUGUUCCGCGUCCAGCCGGACGGGUAUAUCAUCACGGGUGAUCGGCCCGACUACGAGCGGGGUACCACCUACAACAUGCAAUUCGCCGCCAAGGACAAAAAAACGUUGCUUUACUCCACCGUUAAGGUUGUCAUCAACAUCAUAGACGUAAACGACGUCUCUCCAGCCUUCCUCCUCGCGAUCAACACACGCAACGCGCGCGUCCUAGAGAACAAACCCGCGCCCACGAAGGUUAUUAGCAUGAAGGCCAUCGAUGACGAUGGCAGUGAACCGCAUCGACGCGUGACAUACGAGAUGAAGGAUAACCCCAAUUUCCAGAUCGACGCGAGCACGGGCAUGAUCACUACGAAGACUACUUUGGACCGCGAGGUGACGCCCAAGUAUGACGUCGAGGUGACGGCGAAGGACGGGGUCAACAAAGAGUCGGCCAUUCUCUACAUUACGGUUGUAGAUCAGAAUGAUCAGCCUCCCGUGUUUGCGCCCAAGAGCUACGCUAUCAGUGUUCCUGAGGAUUCACCCAUAGGUACUUCUGUGUUAGAUAUCUACGCUACUGAUGCAGACGUUGGCGAAAACGCAAAAAUUACUUACUUCAUCUCAAAGGGUGACCCCGAGGGCAAGUUCUCCAUCGUCACUUCCCCCGUCAAGGGUGAGCUAGUGGUGAAUGGUAAACUGGACUUCGAGACAAAAAGCAGUUACACGCUUGAGGUGACAGCUACCGAUGGCAAGUUUAGCGACACAGCUGUGGUUACUGUAACGAUCCAAGAUGUGAACGACCUCCCACCCGUGUUUUCCAGUCCUCUGUACGAGUCUCGUAUCCAGGAGAACACAGGGCCUGGUGCGGGCGUUGUCAUGGUAACAGCAUCGGACAUUGACAGCCCCACAAUAUCCUUCUCACUGGAUGACCGCGGAAAAGACUACUUCCAGAUCACGCCCAUUCGUGCGAGUGGCCCAGGCAACGUGUGGGUGGGUGACAUUAGGACCGGAAGCAAGCAACUUGACCGAGAGGAGUCGCCUGUCAAGGUGUUCACCGUCAUCGCCAACGACGGCAAACACACCGCACAGGCAGAAAUCAGGGUUAACCUAACGGACGUCAACGAUAAUGCUCCAAGGUUCCCAGCGUCCCCGUACAUUGGAUACGUAGAGGAGAACAAACCGUCCGGGACAAGCGUCAUGUACAUACAGGCUGUCGAUGAUGACGACCCAUUGGCAGGCGGAAAUGCCAAGCUCUCCUACGAACUAACGGAUUCCGCCGGAGACAAAUUCAGCAUCGACCCUCUGUCUGGACUUAUCAAGACAAAGGUGACAUUCGACCGGGAGCAGACUCCCAAUAAGUUCAAGGUACGCGUCAAAGCGACCGACGCUGGAAACCCGAGACUAUCUGCAAGCGUGGAUGGUAUUAUCCAUGUUUCUGACGCCAAUGACCACAAGCCGAAGUUUACGGAAAAAUUUUACCGUGGUAGUGUUGCGGAAAAUGCGCCACCGGGAUACUCGGUACUCCGAGUAACAGCAACCGAUGAGGAUGUUGGCCCCAACGCGGAGUUUGAGUUUGUGGUGGUCCAGGGCAACGACCCACACGCAUUUUACAUUGACCCGUUUAACGGUACUGUACUGGUGUCGGGAAUUCUUGAUUAUGAGAAAAAGAAAGAGUACACCAUAACGCUAACGGUGGCAGACCGCGGAAUGCCUCCCUUACAAGGCGACGAGACCGCUUAUGUUGUAAUUGAAAUUCUGGACGCAAACGACAACGCGCCGGAAUUUAUACCAAAGAUAUAUAACGCAUCGGUGCUGGAGGAUGUCGGAGCUCGGCAGCCUGUGCUUACUGUGACUGCAGUUGACAGGGACAGCGGUCCUAACGGGAACUUCACAUUCGCUAUCGACCCCCGAAGUGAUCCCGACGAUGCGUUCACAAUAGAACCUGAUCCAAAUAAUGCAAGUAUCGGAAUUAUCCGUACGCGCGUACCUCUGGACCAAGAAAAGACUCCAUCGUUCCACCUUAAGGUUACAGCUACGGACGCAGGUGGACUCCAGGGUGAGGGGGAGGUGAGGAUUAAUGUAAUUGACGUCAACGACAAUGGCCCUUGGUUUGUUCCCCCUUUCUUCGUUGGCCAAAUCAAGGAAGGGGUGAGUGCGCGUCAGUUUGUCAACAAGCUAAAGGCCUACGAUCCCGACGCAUUUGUCAAGGACCAAGUCAUCACCUUUUCUAUUUACAACGGAACAGUGGGCGAAAACUUUAAACUAGACCCCGUCUCUGUGACUAAUGAAAGCGUAGACUUGCAUUCUUACGGUGUCUUCGACCGCGAGGCUGCUCCAGUGUGGAAGAUCGGCAUCGAGGCUGUGGAUAACGUUGGGCCGAAACCUCAGAAGAACUUUACAUACGUCUACGUUGACGUUCUAGACGUUAACGACAACGCACCAAAGGACGGCAGCUUGCUUAUCAUUGUCAACGCCUAUGACGGGAAUUUCACCGGAGGUGUCAUCGGGAAACCAUACUACCAGGAUGAUGAUUUUGACGGCGACGAAAACACCUAUGAGCUCAACUCUCAAUCGCCGGGUAGCUACUUUAGAGUAAACGAAGGCAACGGUGACAUUACGGCCGCCCCCAUGAUACCCAUGGGGGAGUACAACCUCAAGAUUCGUGUUACCGAAAAGAAAGACAGCCCAAGUACUGUAACGUCAUCUGUCCGAGUCCUAGUGCGGCGAAUAGACAAAGAAGCUGUCGACAAUGGAGUAGCAGUUGAGUUUACGGACAUGAGAAAGGUUGGGUACUUCGUAGGGGAUUACUAUAAGGGCUUUGAGGACGUGCUUGCUAGCACUCUGGGUGUACCUACUGGAGAUAUCAAGAUAUUUAGUGUGCAGAAGGCUCACGAUAAUGGACUUGCUGUAGUUGUGUUCUUUACUGCUGCGGCGAAAGAUAGUUACAUGCCUCAUUGGGACGUUGUAUCCAAACUUGUUGACGCCAAGAAACCGCUAGAAAGCCUCGGGUUAAAGGUCAGUCGACUAGGAAUGGAUGAAUGCUCCAAAGGCAAUGUCGGUCAAAGUGUUGGCGUAGCCAAGAACAUCCUUGUACGGUCAUCCAAUUUCUCCGUGGCCAGCGGUGAUUACGGAAAAGUUCCCGCCCCAGCAUCCUCUCUGACUAUCGUUUCCAUAGACAUCUUACCCAAAUGUCUCUACGAGGCCGUAUUCCCACCUGAAAAGCGCUGUAAGCCGCAUAACCCGUGUCUCCAUGGUGGCAAGUGUUACGAGACGGUGCCUGAUUGCCCAGGCUUUGUCUGUAAAUGUCCCACAGGGUACCAUGGUCCCUUAUGUGAGAUGACAACACGCACAUUCUACGGCAACUCGUACAUUUGGCUUCCAAAACUCAUGACAUACUCCUUAAGUGACCUCGAGUUCGAGUUCAUGACGAAAACGGCGGACGGUUUGUUAGUCUAUCAGGGACCUGAGCGUGAAGGUGCAAAUAACGGCCUGAAGGACUUUAUUGCCGUGGUGCUGCGAGGAGGUCGCGUAGAGCUCUUUGUUUCACUGGGACUGGAUCCUGUGACCGUUAAGAUGGAUAAGGGACCUAGGCUUGAUGAUGGAGAGUGGCAUACUGUGCAGGUCCUCAGAAAUAUGAAGGACAUCGAAAUCAUAAUCGACCGCUGUUCAACUGCUUUGCUUGAACACAAACCAGAUGGCACGGUGGUGGAGAACCGCAAAUCGUGUCACGUUUACGGGCGCAUGCUGGGAAGAUCUGUCUUUCUCGAUGGCUUCGGUCCACUGCAGAUUGGAGGCGUCUCAAACCCAAAUAUGGAUUUCCCCGACAUACCAUAUACGGGAUUCAAAGGUUGUGUUCGUAAUAUCAAAGAUAAUCAUAACCCGUACGAUCUUAAGAACCCACUUAAAGUCGUGAAUGCCCCAGAAGGUUGCCAGCUCGCUUCUGCUUGUCCUGAAUGUAAGAACGAUGGUUACUGCGAGCCGCUCAUGGCUAGGGACAGCAUUUGCGUGUGCAACCCUGGAUACAGCGGGAAACACUGCGACGGACGCGGUAAAGCGAGUUACUACCUGGCCAGUAGCUUCACUGAAUAUCUGGUUGCUGCCCGUCGUCGUCGUCGUGAGGUUGUUCCACCACCCACUGAGAUCUUCAAUAGGUUCUACACCACCUUGGCGUUACAGGUUAAGCUGGAUGAGGACGCUACGAAUGUUGUGGUAUUCCUUGCCUCCAAUCGCAUGGGAACAGAGUUCCAGAGAGUGGACGUUAAGGACAGUAAAAUCCGUUACGUGCUUCGCUUGGGCGCACGCAUGCUUGUAUUAAGCUUUCCGCAGCUCAACGUGACCGACGGCGUCUACCACAGCGUGAUAGUUCGCAGGCAAGGAGACUAUGCGAUCAUGCAACUUGACUACAGCGGCUACGUCAUCGGCAGCUUGCACAGUCAGCGAACCCUCCUGGACAUGAGUGGUGGAGAGAUAUUUUCCGGGGGUCUCCCUAAUAUCACAAUCGUCCGUAUCAUCGAAGCGAUCGUUGAGAACGACGGGAGUGCUGUGAUCAGCACGAACGUGCGUAACGAUGGAGACGGUUACGCCGCCGACGUUGGAGGGGUGCAUGUCCGAAAUUUGCAAUUGUCUGGGCCCCUUAACCUGGUGUCUCGUAAAAGGAGAGCGUCUGGCACAGUCUCCGUGCUAGGAGACUUUGGAGGGUGUAUAGCAGGGACCAGUGUGAAUGGCGCCAACAUGGAGAGUGACCCGUCCAUCAAGGUCCAUCGGCAGAACGUUCUAGACGGAUGCCCAUGUCUCUCUAAUUUUUGCGCAAACGGAGGGACGUGCGUGGACGCUAUGCCGCCCUACUGUAUCUGUGCCCCAGGCUGGACCGGUCCACUGUGUACCAUAGUGGUGACUGCCCCACCCGUCGGUGAGCGAGGCACGCCGUUCAUGCACCCUGCCGUCAUCGCCAUUAUCUUAGUCGUCAUGCUCGCCAUCUUCAUCAUCAUGGGCGCCGUCAUCCUCAAGCGACGUCCUGAGCCCGUGGUCGUCUACGCUGACUCCACCGAUACCGGCCACGUGCAUGACAACGUGCGACUUUACCAUGACGACGGCGGCGGGGAAGAGGACAAUCUCGGCUACGACAUCACCAAGCUGAUGAAGUAUACGUACAUAGAGACCACUAUAGCGCCGCCAAGUGUAGCGCCUUCUAAGGCAUCCGAAGACAAGAUAUCUACCAGCUCGGACCAGCCCCUGCUCCAAGGAAGGCCCCCGGAUGCCGUGUUUGGCUUAACGGGCAAGGCACCAGGGCCCAAGAUGCCCAAAUACAUGGAGGGAGAUGACGUGGGAGACUUUAUCACAACACGAGUCAAAAUAACCGAUAGAGAGGUGUUCUUAGCUGUCGAUGAACUGCACAUCUACUGCUACGAGGGAGACGACACAGACGUCGAUGAUCUGAGCGAGAUCGAGCCAGACGAAGAGGAUGAGGAAUAUGAACAAGAGUUCGAUUUCCUCAAGCAGUGGGGACCCAAGUUUGACAAACUUGCAAAGCUGUAUGAAGACGUGGAUGAGUAGUAAUAGGGGAUUUUUAAAAUUGACAUUUAUGGAGGUAAAAAAGCGGUUUUGAGAAGCACAUCAUUUCAUGUCAGCAACAUGCCACUCGAUAUCCUGAUGGACUCGACGUGUGCAACGUUAUAACGGCGACAUGGAAGGUGUCGUAGGCGUCACGUGGGGGAUGCAUGCAACUCAGCGAGCUAUGUGACAAUACGCGCGUUGUGAACUGCUGGUUGCAGCGCAGUGUUGCUGAAUUCUUCCUAUUUACCAGAAGGCCAUCCUAAAGAGUAAUCCCAUAUAAAGUUAAAGUUCUAUCAUAACUAAGACCCUAUGUAUACAUCCAAAAAAUUCAUUGUACAUACAGACUUUCUUAUCUAGAAACACCUAUUUUUCCAUGUAUUAGUUCCUUUUUUAUAGACGCUUUUAGGAAUGAUUUUGAUGGCAUUGUUUGAGAUGUAUAAUGCUAUGUGUUUUUUGCCUCUCGAACACAUUUUAAACAAACAAAAAUAUGCAUGGCGUGUGCUUUUAAAACAUUUACUGAAUUUGCGUAUUAGAUAGGUAAUGUUAAUAAUUCGACUACUGUUGGUAAAUGCGUGUGAUGUCGGUUGAACUUUUAGCCACAUUGACUUUGAAGCAAACGGCUAUUAGUCAUGUGACAGUAAUGAUGUCACUGCACUGGUUUUUCAUUUGCCCCCCCCCCCCCCCCCCCCCCCGAUUGAUUGACAGUUCAUGCUUGUGCUUUUCAGUCAAAGCAGUUUUCACCUUCAGACCAUUUCACCCUAUUCUCAAUUAAAUAAACUAAACCAACAAGUUAACGUAAUUAUGAAUAUUCUUGUGAAUCUUCAUGAGUAUUUCUUUCUACAGAUUGAUGCCCAUAGUUUAGAUUUCUCACUUUUAGAUGGUUGCGGUGUGGCAAUGCAUCUUGGUCAGGGUGACUGGGUAAUCGAUUAACUGUCCCUGUACUAUUUAAUUAGAGAUGUCCAUAAUUUUGUUUAAAAUAGAGAAUAUUUUCCAAGUAGCUUAGACUUGGUAAAGGAUUGGAUGGACACGUAUAAUAUUUUGUAUUAUUGUAGUUUUGUAUUGUACAAUGGUAAGAUUUGAAAUAAAAAAAAAUUAAGAA